AUGCCUACGAACUCCUCAGCCUUCGCCGAAGCGAAGAUCACGGAGCAGAAGAUCCACGGCGGAGUUAUUUUCCCCGCCGUGUUAACUCCUGUUGCCGCUGCGGCCACUUUGACAGUGGCCGUUAAGGAGCAGAGGCCGUGGCUGGACUCGGUUCUCCACAAACACGGGGCGGUUUUGUUCCGUGGAUUUGAGUCGGUAGCCACGGCCACUGACUUCAACGACGUCGUCGAAGCGUUUGGUUACGAGGAGCUGCCGUAUGUCGGCGGCGCCGCCCCCAGGACUAACGUCGUCGGCCGUGUCUUCACCGCUAAUGAAUCGCCGCCGGAUCAGAAAAUCCCUUUCCACCAUGAAAUGGCUCAGGUGCCAAAGUACCCUACAAAGCUGUUUUUCUUCUGCGAAACAGAGCCUGUCUCCGGCGGAGAAACGCCGAUCGUUCCUAGUCACGUCGUAUACGAAAGAAUGAAAGAGAAACACCCGGAGUUCGUGGACAAGUUGGAGAAGCAUGGUGUGAUUUACACACGAGUUCUUGGGGAGGAGGAUGACCCUUCCUCCCCAAUCGGCCGUGGCUGGAAAUCUACAUUUCUGACCGCGAAUAAGGCCGUAGCCGAGGAAAGGUACAAAUCUCUCCAUAUAUUGUUGAUAUCACUCAAGUGA